GCUGGGUUUGGGGCGAGUGAAAGUCCUCCAAGCUUUCAGUCUAUUUCCGCGAGAGGGCAGUGUAUGCCAAUUUUUCAGUGAGAAAAGUUUUUAUUUUUGCCAGUGUCCCUCGAAAAUUGCUCAAAUUCUUCAUGAAUCCUUAACAAAAAGGCCCAAAUCAAAGUGCAUCGGGCAGAGGGUAUUUCAGUGCUGCAAUGAACAAGUUCAUAUGUGGGGGCUACACCUUCAAUUCCUCUUUUGACUCGGGAAACUUGGGGAAGGUGCAAGUGGUGAAGGCGCCCGAGGAGAAUGAACCUCCACCCCCUGAUGGCAACAGUCCCUCGGCUGAAUUCAACCUCUGGACAUGUCCAGAUUGUGGUGGGACUCAGUAUGAGAACUCCAACAGGACAUGGUUCUUUUUCAGUGUCCGUGGGGGAAGGCCCCAGGACGUGGUGAAGUUCAAUGUGAUGAAUCUCAAUAGGCAGGCAAAGCUGUACAGUCAGGGAAUGCAUCCUGUGGUAAAAGUGGGAGUCAAUGGGAAAUGGGAGAGGGUUAAAGAUAAACCCAAUUAUUCUGUUGAAGAUGAUAAUUUUAUUGUGUCCUUCCUCCAUCGAGGAGGCGAGGAUGUUGACCAGGAGUUCUUUUAUGCCUUCACUUAUCCCUAUACAUAUACUGAGCUCCAGAACUACCUGACACGCCUGGACAGGCGCUUCCGGAAGCGUCAGUUUGAGUUGAAAGUGAAACAGCUGGAAGGAGUGGCUGGCACCAGUAAAGCUGAGGAUGUCAGUGUGGCCAAGAAAAUGAAAGAGCUGGAGAGUGCCUGUGCCACUCCAGAUGUCGAUCCUCAGCAGCUCAAUGAGGACGAAUUCAAGUCCGAAAUCUAUUUCUAUCGCGAAUUGCUGACGUAUUCCGUGGAGAAGCGCCGAGUAGAUCUCAUCACAAUUUCCUCCUACCACGGUAUCUGUGAUGAGCGCGAGCAGAGACUCGAGAAUCUAUUCCCGGAAAAGAUUAGGCAUCGUUGUCAUACUUUUCGCAAUAAGAAGGUAAUUUUUGUGUCGUCGCGGGUACAUCCCGGAGAGACUCCCGCGAGUUUUGUUCUCAAUGGCUUCCUCAGCCUCCUGCUGGACCGCAAGAGUUCAAUUGCGGCCACUUUGAGGCGCCUCUAUGUGUUCAAAAUUGUGCCAUUUCUCAAUCCUGAUGGUGUCUACAAUGGUUUGUAUCGAUCAGAUACCCUGGGACAUAAUCUCAACAGAGUCUAUCUCAAUCCCAAUCCGGAAACCCAUCCCUCGAUCUAUGCUGUCCGGAAGUUGAUCAGGUUCUACCACUAUGGCUGCGACAAGGCAGAAUGCGAGGAGCCAGAAAUAGUGCCUGCCACCUUCGACGACAGCCAGCAAAAUACCACCAGCAAUUCCGACAGUGUCACAUCCCAUGAACCAUCACCAGAGGCUUCGGAGCGAGAAAUUGAAACAUCACCGAAACCUGUAAUUGUUGAAAAUAUCCCUAGACCUGAAGUGAUUAUUGAGAAAAAGCCACCUGCGAGUUUGGAAAAGUCUCCUCCACCUUCGGCAAAAGCCAUUGGGCCCAAAAAGCCCUUCCAGCUGGCGCCAAUCAGUCAGAACAAAGUUCCUCCGGUGAGGAAAAAUCCAUCUGGGAUGACGAAUAAUCGGAAGGAGGUGAAAUCUCGUGGAAUUAGCAAAGACUUCAGUUCGGAGUCUGAGGAUAAAACCACCGAUAACAGCAACAUGUUCCUCUACAUUGAUCUCCAUGGGCACGCCAGUAAGAAGGGUGUCUUCAUGUAUGGCAAUCACAUGGCCAAUUCGGCCGAGGCCAUUGAGUGCAUGCUUCUGCCGCGAUUGAUGAGCAUGAACUGCCACCAUUUUCACUUUGAUGCGUGCAAUUUCUCCGAGAGGAAUAUGUAUCACAAAGGAAAACGCGAUGGGCUCUCCAAGGAGGGAUCUGGAAGGGUUUCAGUGUACAAAAUGACAGGACUCAUCAAGAGCUACACCCUCGAAUGCAACUACAACACGGGAAAAUGUGUGAAUAUUCUGCCGCCUCGAGGCAAGGAAUCAGCCUCGAAAGUUGUGAAUCUAGUUCCUCCCAAGUACACUCCAGCCAUUUUCGAAGAAAUUGGGCGUGCUUUGGGUCCCUCAAUCUUGGAUCUGACCGGCUCAAAUCCUCUCUCCCGCCUCGCUAAUUCGGACUACAGAUCCCUCCAGGGACUGCGAAAUGCUAUUCGUCUGGAGAUUGAUAAGAGCUUCGCCAAGUCAUCGCACUCCACCAGUUCGGGUAGUUCCGGCGGCGGAGGUGGCAAGGCGAGCGGAGGGAGGAAGACAAAAGUGAUUAAGAGGAGUGGACUGUUGAAUCCUCCGCCGACUCUUGAGAUCUCAAAGGAGAACAAGGCAUACUGCAAUCUGCAGAAUUGGGAGACGCGAGCCAGUGUGAGUCUGGUGAUGUCUCGUGGUGGAAAUCGGAUGAAUUUGCUGAAGAAUCAGCGAAAAGUCUUUGGAGGUGGUGCUAAGGCCACCUCAAGUGCAUCAACAUCGACUCCAGGAAGUAAUCCUGGACCGGCAUUUGGGAAGAAGGUGACAAUGGUGAAGGGAGUGGCUAAGGAGACCCAUCCGCAGAUUCCGCCAAAGAGGAAGAAAAUUGCUGGUGGUUCGACGAAAUUGGAGAAGGAAGAGACGUUGCCAAUCAGUCUGUCGUCUGCAUCGUCUCUGCCCAAUUUUUUCCCCACAGCCUCAGCUGGAGAGCCACUGUUUCUGCCACCGACGACAAAGAGUAGUGACUGUUCCAAGGAUGACAAUCAUCCUAAACCUUCGUGUUCACAUGAAAAACCACCGUUUCUGCAGAAGCUGAAGAAGACCCAUACCUUCACGGUGCUGCCGUCGACGAGCGCCAAUACUGCCACAUCAGUGUCAGGUGCCUCAAAAGUUCCCGGAACGGGCAAGAGGCUCCAGAAGGUGGCUACGGCAUCGCCACUGAAGAUGAAGCGAUCGCUCAAGACGGAGCCCAAUAUCAAGAGAAAGAAGUGCCGCGUUAAGACCGUUUGGCAUUAAAAGAAAAAAUGGUGCAAUUUUACAUCCUCAGAGAUAUUUUCUAUAUACACUUAUAUAUAUUUUUUCUUCUCCCCUGCAAAUGGACGAAACGUCGUUGUUUUUUUUUUCUUUUUUUAUUGCAAAGAUACAGAUUUUUUUCUCAUUACACCAUAUUGACUGUAAAUUAUGUUGACAUCUUGAAUAUUUUAAUAAAAUUAAACACGUGAAUUGAAA